UCUGAAUUUACACCUUAUGCUAUAUUAUUUGGUAGUUAGUCGUGAAAUAACUGUCCCAGUGAACAGAGGUUAAUAAAAUAUUUUGAUUUUGUGAGAAUUGAAUUCAUUGUCAACGUUGAUCGCAACUUGUUCGAACCGCACAAACUUUGACUGUAUUUUCUAUUUAGUUUAUGUUCGGUGACUGUGAGUUCUGAACUGACAAAGAGGACAACGUUAUUAAAAUCGGUUCGAAUCAGCUAGAUAAAGUUAUAACGUUUUUUGUAUUGAAUAUGGCAUAUUCAUGGAAUAAUCGAGUGGAUUUCGUCGUGCGUUAUAUGUAUGACAUCGACAACAAUGGCCAGUUGGACCAAAAGGAUUUCGAGUGUAUGGCUGUGCGGGCGUGUGUGAUCGAAGGAAAAGGUGAAUGUAAUCCAGUCAAAUUAAGCGAAUAUCAACACGUUAUGAGAAGUUUAUGGGAUGAAAUAUCGGAUUUGGCCGAUUUCGACAAGGAUGGCCGAAUUUCAACCGAAGAAUUCAAACAAGCUGUGAAAGAGACUUGCCUCGGAAAGAAGUACGGAGAAUUUCCACAGGCAAUGAAAGCAUUCAUUGAAGCAAACUUCAAAAUGAUUGAUUUGAACGGUGAUGGAGUUGUAAACAAACACGAAUUCUGCUAUAAUUGCAUCAAUCGUAUCGCUGUUGAUAAUGCUCAAGUGGUUUAUGAUGCGUUCGAUAGUUUGUUGAAUGAUGAUGAUCGUCGUCGUGGUGGGCUUACAUUAUCGCGAUACCAGGAACUGUAUGCCCAGUACUUGGGCAAUGUGGACGAGAAACAACCUGGAGUUUAUUUAUUCGGGCCACUAAACACUGAUUGAGAACAUGACGGUUCGGAAAUAAUUAUUUUAAUCAAUAUGUUACUAUGUUAAAUCAAACAAAUGAAAUGAAAUGAAAAAAAAAAAUGAAAUUCCUUUUAUGUAAUAAUGAAUGUUAAAUCGAUUUAAAACAAAACAGAAAUUAAAUUAAAUUUAAAAUUUAAUGUUCGGUGAAAAGAAACUCUCGUUUCUCUCGUAUAUAAUAUACAAUUAUUUUAUUACAAUGUUCAUGCAGUGUGUAUGGCCGCUUAAACUGUACCUGCAUAAAAUGUAAAGUUUAUUUUUCAUGAAAAUUAGAAAUUUACCAAAGCGAAAAUAUUCGGCAAAUGAGGAUUAUACAGAGCCCAAAUUUCCAAAGAUAGAUGUGAGAUAUCCGAUAAAACCUUUCAUUAAUGUACUUGUGAAUAUAUAAGGGUAUCAUUUUUGUCCCAUUGUCAAGUAGCUUAUAGAGUGUUUAAAGAGAAUGUCAAAAAGAGUGUGAACCCAUCGAACUCAGUUAAACUAUCUGCUUUCGUUCCUAGUCAACUGGAUUUUUCCAUACAAAUUUUUGACAUAUCAUUCAUCGAGACCAGUUGAAUAAUUUUCCUAUUUCUCUCUCCUUUUCCGCUCUUCUAACGCUCUAUAUUUUAACGUAGCCUUUUUCUUUUACUUUUAGAAAUAUUGAUCCAAAUCGUUUAUGAUAAAUAUCCUUAUUUGUCCAUUUUUUACGCUCGAGGUUAUGUUUAGGAAAGCGUUAUUAAAGUUUAGUUGAUUAUAAUUUAGAAAUUUCUUAUUAAAAAUGUAAACCUGAAAAUGGAUCUGUUUAUAAAACUUAUUAAGAAUAAUUGUUGUUCUAACAGUUAAAAUCCAAUUUAAUUGGCGUUCACAUAUUCGCAAUAUCAUAAUACAUGCAAGGAAAAUUGAUGAUUGUUCGUUGUGUUUCUUGGUUGUUGUAAACAAAGUUUGUAUUCCAAAAUUAAGAAGAUCAAUAUAAAAAUAUUUAAAAA